GCCAUUUUUGUGUUGGUUGUUGAAAAGCAAUACCCUUUCUCUGUCUUUGCCCUUACGAAAUUCACAUUUUCGUGUUAUUUUAAGUAUUAAUCAUCAUUUAGUGUAUAAAAUUAUCAUCAGAUAUAUGUUCAGCAAUCAGAAAAAUUUUAAAGUGGUUCAAUACAUUGUGAUAAAGUGAUUAAUUCGUCUGCGCGGGAAAUGUGUUUUAACCGAGUUGAUUUUGUCAAUACGUUGAGACGAUAAAUAUAAGGUUCGUAUAACCUAAACAGAAAUUUAACAGAAAUGAUUUCUCAUAAAACUCCAAGGAAAGUGCGGCUGCCCAGAAUGCCAAAAAACAUAGAACGUCUAUACAAAGAAGGAAAAUGUCGCGAUUGUACUGUUGUUGUGACUCGAAUGGAUUUUGCCAAAAUAUUAGGUAAAUUUACUAAAGUGAAGAUACAGUAUGAAAGCAAUUCUACCCCGAAAACGAAAAAAGUUGAAGCUAUUUCUCCAAAUUCAAAUGCCCGAUUAAAAAGAAAUGAAAAUGGUAUGGUACUUCUGCAUAGGAAUGCUUAUAAACCGCACCCAGUAAAAGAGCUUAUUAUCUCAAAAAAGGAUAAGGCAUCAAUACCGAAACCAGCAUGUAAUGUCUUAAAAGAGAACAAUAGAUUGAAAAAGUCUCCAAUUGUGAAAGACAAAAAUUCCAAUUUAAAUAUACCUAAUUUCACUGGAAAAUCUUUAAAAUCAGCUACAAAUUUAAAGCAAUAUGGUAUCAUAUUUGUAAACCCAUCUCAGGCUCGUUCAAAAAAUGACAUGAAAAGUAAAACAUCUCUUGAUGAAUUGUUGCCUUUAAUUAAUAAAAGUAUAUUGCCAAGUGAAGAUUGGUAUAUAGAGUAUCUUCCUUUAAAAGAUGAACCCACUGAUGAUAAGGUGUAUGACAGAAUAGCAGCGGAGCUAGAAGACCUUAUGUACAAUGAAAAACCUGACGUGAAGCCCGCCAAUUCAGUUCAGAGUUCAGAAACAGGAAGUAAACCUGAUGAGUUUCCUUCAAUUAUGGAUAUCUUAAAUGAUGAUUCAAGUGAAAGUAAGAAGGAAAAUAACCAAAGCAAUUCAGUAGAAUUUAAGUCAAAUUUAGAGUCAAGUGAUGUGGAAGCAAUGCUUCUUGGAAAACCUGGCAUCCCUGAUGAUGUCAAAGAAUCUGUCACAGCUAUGGAGGUGGACACCAGUGAUGUUACUAAUUUGAUUGAAGAUGUCGCCCAGCUUAAUGCUAUUCAAGGAAGUAUAUCCAAUCAAGUGCCAGGUACGGUUUCCGAAGAAUUUGAGAAUCCUAACAGCCCAUCAAUUUUAGAUGAGGCUUUGAAGAAAGGAAUUGAAGAGCAUUUACCCUUGCCCAAUUCACUAGUAGAAUCAGAUCCAGUUAAAAUUGACACAAAUCAAACUGCAGCUACAGAAUCUCAAACAAGCAGCAAAAUUGAAGAAGAACCUAUCAAAAAUUCCAACCUGAAAGACACUAACAAUACAAUCAUCACAAAUGGUGAUAAGACUGCAAAACAGAAAGAUAUAACCCAUGUUACAUUCACGAAAAAAAUUAAUGGAACUUGUCAGAAGUCUGUUACACUUCCUAAAAACAUGAAAUAUAGUAUAGAGAUAGAGGGGAAACAAGUAGAAUUAAUAGGAGCACCUAAAUUUAUAUCAAGCCUUGACGAUUUAAAUGUCCUUUUGCAAAUUGUUGAUGACACUGAAUUGAAGAGUUUGUACAUUCUAUAUUAGAAAUAUUCUGUUAUUUAAUUUAAUCACACAUAAAUUUGUACAAUAACAGCCUAAUAUUGUGUUGAAAAUUUUUGAACAUAUUGUUCUCUUUUGCUUAAUAUUGAACUACAAAAUAUAAUACAACUGUCAGGAUAAGCUUCCUUAAAGUAACUUCUUACUUUGUACUAGUUGUAAUGAAAAAAAUUACAAAUAUGAGCUAAAAUCAAAUGGUGGUUCAAAGAUUCGGGAAAAAGAACUGUACUGUUUUUCAUUAUGUAUUGUGAUAAAUCAUUCAAUAAGUUGGAUAACACACAACACAGGGAUAUUUUCACAUAAAAGUGAAGGACAGCUUGGCUACCUAUGAAACAUGAAAUUGUAUGUUUAAUAAUUUUCUAUGUUAUUAAGUUAUAGAAUAUUUUUAAUUGUUCAGGACACUCUAUACCUCAUUUUUUUUAAUUGUGUAAAAAUAUGUCUUAAUCUUUUUUACACAUAGUAAUGAAUGUGAGGAAAUACUUAUAUUAUUUCUCAGAAUCUAUCCCAAAAAAAUGUGAAAUGUAUUUUUUUAUCAUUAGCACACUUUACCACCUGGUGUUUCAUUGUUGAAUGUAAAAAAUGCAAAUGUAUAAAAACUAAGGACAGAAGAAAUAUAAAUAAUGAUGUUAUCA